AUGGACCGGGCCAGGUGGCAGCAGGCGCUGGCCCUCCUCCCCGUCUGCCUCGCCCUCACCUUCUCCCUCACGGCCGUGGGCAGCAGCUACUGGUGUGAGGGGACCCGGCGGGUGGCAAAGCCUCUGUGCCAGGGCCACCCCGGGGGGUCGCACUGCAUCCACUACAGCAGUGGCAGCGGCGAUAACGGGAGCCAGGCCGUCCAGUACAUUUGGGAGAUGGGGGACGACAAGUUCAUCCAGCGCAGGUUCCACGUGGGGCUCUGGCAGUCGUGCGAGCAGAGCCUCGGCAGCGCAGAUGAAAGGUGUAGGAGUUUCCAGAGUGUAGUACCAGCCGAAGAACAAGGUGUUUUGUGGCUGUCCAUUGGGGCAGAGGUCCUGAAUAUCCUUCUGACGUUGACAAGCACCAUCCUCCUGGGCUCCAGAGUGAGUUAUCACAGCUCUGGUUUCCACUGGCUCAAGGUGGAUGCCUCUGUAGCCAUCCUCAUGGCGCUUGCAGGGCUCCUCGCCAUGGUGGCCCACAUGAUGUACACAACCAUCUUCCAAAUCACGGUGAACCUCGGACCUGAAGACUGGAAGCCUCAGACGUGGGACUACGGCUGGUCAUACUGCCUCGCGUGGGGCUCUUUUGCCCUGUGUAUGGUUGUGUCAGUCAUGGCCACGAGCAGAUACACGGCAGCCCGCCUGGAAUUCGCAGAGAAGAAAAGUAUGCAAGGCAGUCAGCACUCUCAACAUGACUUCCAGGAGCCCAAGGCUUCAGAAGGUGUUUGGGAAACAGAUGCUGCUCCCGGCCUUGCUGGGCGUGCCCUUGUCAGUGUUUCUGGGCACCUGCCCUCAGAUGCCCUGGGCAAGGUGUCCAUGUGCUAGCUAGGGCUCAUGGCUGCCAGAUCUGUCACAGUGAAUAUCUCUGGGGUGGGUUUUUCAAGGCUGUGGUCCAAGUAAACCUUCCACCUGCUGUCUCACCCUUCACUAUAUACCUUUGGCUUCAGCUUCUGAUGCCUGUUAUAAUGCCUGUAUCUUUAAGUGAGAUAAAGGUUACAACUAUAUCAACCAUUGACACGCUAGUAUAAAUGAGCAUCUCAAGCUUAAGGAUGACCAAAAAAAGAGGAAGCAUAUUGAGUAAGAGUACAAGAAGCUGAAGAAAGAGGAAAACAAGGCUUUGACUACAAAGAAUGUAAAUUUGUUGCCCACAGUUUUGUUGAUGCAAGAAUCCAGAAACUUUUUUUCUUUAGUGACACACACAAAUUGAUAGUAUGUGUGACUAUCCCAUAUUUUCAUUUUUAUUUUAACCCAGAAGAAAUGAAUUUAAAAUUUUGUUUUGUGUUAUUUUUAAAACAUAUUUUCUUCUAAAUUUCCUAAUUUCUACCUAUAGGAAAAUCAGUUUGAAGGGAUAAUCAAGUGGCAAAAUGAGAAAACGGUCAAAUUGAAUGACAUCUUAUCACAGUUAAGUGGAACAAAUGUUUGAAUUGUUGUGCUUAAAUUAAAUUGCCAGGCACUUCUGCUUCUAAAAAUAAACAUUGCAAAACAUGAAAGUCUUAUUUGAAGCAGUGGCAGGCUGCAUGUUUCCUAAUGUGUAUAGUUAUGAUAUUAUAUAAAUGUAUCUUAUAUUUUAAAUUAACAUGUUAUUGAGACCACAGGUUGUUAGAGACAUAAUUUGGGUUUCUGAAACUAAAAAGGACUGCCAAAUUCUAAUGACCCUAAAUGCAUCCUAGCUUAGAUUCGUCUAAAAAUAUGU